AUGGGCAUUGGUCUACGAUGUACACGAAUAUUCCUUGCAGGUAAUGCCAUUCAUACCCAAUCACCCAAAGCGGACCAGAGUAUGAAUAUGAGCAUGCAAGACACCUACAACCUUGGCUGGAAGCUGGCAAGCGUAUUCAAAGGGGCCACAAGUCCGAAAAUCCUACAGGUUUAUCAGGAAGAGCGCCUGUUCGUAAUUGAGCGACUGCUUCGUUUUGACAAGCGGGUGUGUUAA